AUGGCGGAUCAGUUCAAGGCCCGGACGUUGAAACGCAAGAACGUUAAAGGCCUCGCCCUCAAUGCGACCCCCAAACCAGCUGCCUCCAAUCCCUCCGAUGGCGAUGCUCAAGUCCCCGGUGCGAUUGGAAACUCCGAUGGCAACCGCACAGAUACUCUGGAGAUUGGACUAGAGUUCCGACUGGAUCUUCGCAGCGAGGAUCUGGUGACGUUGAAGGAGCUCGGAGCAGGAAAUGGAGGCACCGUCUCCAAGGUCAUGCAUGCCUCGACCAAGGUCGUCAUGGCUCGAAAGAUCAUCCGAGUCGAUGCCAAAGAGAACGUGCGGAAACAGAUUCUACGAGAACUUCGGGUGGGACACGACUGCAACUCGCCCAAUAUCGUGACGUUCUACGGUGCCUUCCAAAAUGAGGCCAGGGAUAUUGUUCUGUGCAUGGAAUACAUGGACUGCGGGUCCCUCGACCGCAUCUCUAAGGAUUUUGGCCCGGUACGAGUCGAUGUGCUGGGCAAGAUUACCGAGUCCGUGCUGGCCGGUCUGGUUUAUCUCUAUGAAGCACACCGGAUCAUGCAUCGUGAUAUUAAGCCCUCCAACGUCCUGGUCAACUCACGCGGUGAUAUCAAGCUGUGUGAUUUUGGUGUCGCCACCGAAACCGUCAACUCGAUCGCCGAUACCUUUGUUGGUACCUCGACCUACAUGGCACCCGAGCGUAUCCAAGGAGGUGCUUAUACCGUUCGCUCGGAUGUAUGGAGUGUGGGUUUGACUGUGAUGGAGCUGGCUGUGGGACGAUUCCCAUUCGAUACUUCAGACUCCGCAGCAGGAGACCGCGCCAGUGCUGGCCCCAUGGGUAUUCUGGAUCUGCUUCAGCAAAUUGUUCAUGAAACUGCACCAAAGCUUCCCAAGAGCGAUGCCUUCCCUCCUAUUUUGCACGACUUUGUCGGGAAGUGUCUGCUGAAAAAGUCGGAGGAACGACCAACUCCGCGAGAGCUAUACGACAAAGAUGCGUUCUUGCAAGCAGCCAAGCGCACCCCGGUCGACCUGCAGGACUGGGCCAUCAGCAUGAUGGAACGACACAACCGCAAGUCGUAUCUGGCACCCCCGGCGCCAAAGUCACUAAGGGAGGGUCCAACACCGUCAUCGAACACUCCAUCCUCAGCUGGAGCGGCAUCAGACGUACCACCACCGAUCUCCAAGAGCACCCCCACCACCAACAAACCACUUCCACUUCCACUUCGUCAGCAAGCGCCAUCUCCGUAUCAGCAGAACCCGCCCUCGGGCGAGAUUCCCGUGAACAACAGCAGCGAUGCAUCCACAUCUCACCGCUACUAUGGCCCCUCGAGCAGCCAGAACCACCACUACUCAUCCUCGCGCUCCACGCGGUCCCCGCCACCCCCAUCCUUAGAGCACCUCUCGCUGGAGACAAAGGAUGACAAUGAUCCAAGACCGGGCCGUAUGCAAUCACGCUUCCUCGGUGACCCUGUUUCCGCCGUUGAUGCACCUCCUCGUCCAUUUAUGAGUCCCCGGUCUGUCAGCUCGCAUAACACAAAGUCUCGCACCAAUUUGAACCCCGCCACGAUGCCCAUCCGUUCCGUUCCCCCGCCGAGUGGGCCACCACCCCUUCCCCCUGUAUCAACGGGGGGAAACUGGCGCGUUUACCCCGGCCAGAUGCCCGGAACGAACUCUUAA